AUGCACCUCACACGCCCGCUCUGCCAACCCCAACUCUGGCAAAAAACUCUCCCAACCCUCAAAUCUGCACAUCUCAAAAGCAUCGCCCAAGCAACGGGGAUCAAAUUUGCAGGGACCAAAGCCACCGUUCUAGAACGGAUACAGGGAGAAUUGUCAAGACAUGAAGCGGGGAAGAAGCAGAAAAGCGAAAAUGAUCAAAAUCAAGACAAGGGCCUGAGCGUGCUGAGCAUCGACAUGGGGAUUCGGAAUCUAGCCUUUGCGCAUCUAACAGUAUCCCCAUCAUCUUCUCCAACUUCAAAAUCAGCGAAAAAAUCAGAGGUCACACUGAAUGCAUGGCACCGCAUAGACAUCAGCGCCAACCAACUCUCCACAUCCACAUCCACAUCCACAUCCCCAGGACCCAUAGACACAUCGAUACCGAAAUCUGAAAGAAGAGUACAAGAAAAAGAACAAGAAAAAGAAGCCCAUACCAUGAACGAAAUAUACACUCCAGACUUCUACGCCCAAAACGCCUACGCCUUUCUCAUCACACUCAUGGAAAAGUACCAGCCCACGCACAUCCUCAUCGAGCGCCAGCGGUUUCGCUCCGCGAGCGGUGUCGCGGUGCAGGAGUGGUCGUUGCGCGUGGGUGUGUUUGAGGGCAUGCUUUAUGCGGUGCUGUAUACUCUAGCUAGACAGCGGCGGCUGAGUCUUUCUUCUCACGAGCCAGCGCCGUUCAGUGGGUUUUUCGGGUCUGGGAAUCUCGUUGAUUUUGGACCCGGGCCUGUUGUUCAUGGGAUAGAGCCUUCGCGGGUGCUGCGCUACUGGGGUGAACGCAUGGGCUUCAAGAACGUUUUCCUCGAGGGGAAGGAGAAGAAGACUGCCAAGGAUGGUAAAAAGGUUAAGAUUGAUCUUGCGGGGCACUGGCUCGAUCCUGAGCAUCCCAUAACGGGCAAAGUUGACGAGGACGGGGGCUUGUCGACGGAUCUUAUUGUCGGGGAUGAUGUCGGGUUGAAUGAGACUUUGCAUGCUUAUUUGGCAAAGUGGCAUAAGAAGCGUGGGAAGGAGAAGGGGAAAGAUAUCGGGAAGUUGGAUGAUUUGGCGGAUUGUCUUGUGCAGGGAAUGACUUGGUUGGAGUGGCAGGUUAUGAGAGAUAGGAUCUUGAGAGAGGGCGUUGAUUUUUUUUUAGAAAAUGGGAAUUGA